AUGGGCUCCCUGCGGCCGCAGAUCCACACGACAACCAUAAUCAACGGCAAGUACAUGGUAGGCCGAAUUCGUGAGCUAUUGAAGAUAGAAAAAAAUCAUUUCUGUGGCUUCACUCUUUGAAGUUUAUUUUUUUAUUUUUAUUUAACUAAUCAGGGAGAUAGCUGAGAGCUUUUUGAAGCUUUUUCGAGCCGCAAAGAAUAGUUUUACCAACCAAUUUUUCAUAAAAUUUUCUACUUUUGCAACGAGUUGUUGUUUUUUGUGAAGUUGAGAAUAUGAAAGCAAAUGAACGACAUACAUAUGAAUUGAUCAAAAAAAAAAUAUAAUAAAUUACCUUAAAAGGUAUGCUGGAAAAGUAGGUUAGUUCCAUCAGUCCGGCCGGGGGUUACUUUUUCAAAUUUUCAAACUUGGAGAAAGUUUUCAAACAUUUAUAUUCAAAAAUUUAUCCCCGGGUUGAGACUACAUUCAAUAUAAACAGCUUUUGAAGUAUGAAUCAUACUGUAUGAUUCUUGAAAAUGUGGUUCUCUGGUUACUAAGUUUUGAAAUAUUCAUUUUUUUAAAUUUCCUAUAUUGCACUAAAAAACGCUCGUUCUGAAGACGUAAGUAAUUUUGAACUAAAAGACUUUAAACAUUUCCCAGCUGACUCCGCGAGUCGUGUUUGAAAGAAAGCUAUUUUCUUAGCUACAAUCACAGUCUGUUGAAGAUUCCCUAGAGUUGUUUGAGGCUGUGCGGAAACUCGGCGAAGGUGGCUGCGGCGUCAUCUACGAGGUGGCGCUUCUGACAAACCCGCAACAACGGUUCGCCUGCAAGGUGAUGGAGUCCCGAAGACGUGCGACGCGGAAUCUUUCAGGCGGAAGUCGCCAGUCCAGACGAAGACGCGACUCUCGCCAUGGAGAGCAACAUCAUGGAGAUGCUCACGGCCCGCAAGUCCUUACAUGCCGUCAACAUUAUUGAGAAGGGCAAGGUCAGCACCUUUUUCGGCAUUUUUUAAAAGUUUCAUCAUUAGGUGAGCAACUAUAACUUCAUCGUGAUGACACUUCUGGGACCAUCGCUCGACGUUCUUCGGUUGAAAAUACCGUUCAACGUUAGUUUGCUUCGAAACCCGAAAAAGCUAUCAACGUAGAAAUUCUCAUUAUUCACAACCAUCGUUGUCGGGAUACAAGGGUUUGACGCCAUCCAAGAGCUGCACGAGCUCGGGUACACCUUUUUAAAAGUGAACAGUAUCGUAUCCUAAUUCAGUUACAUCCAUCGAGAUGUCAAGCCGGCCAAUUUCGCCAUAGGAGCUCUGGGUACGCCGAAACAGCGUCUAAUACACAUUCUGGACUUUGGAAUUGCUCGUGGCUUUUUGGUAAUGAGCUUUUCGAGAAAAAAAAAACAAAAUUUGUCAGGUGAGCAGUGAAGACGGAGAGGUGCGGCUUCGAAAACCGAGAAAAGUUGUUCCUUUCAGGUUGGGGCUGCCAUUUUCUUUAAAUGUUAAACAAAAAGAAUUUUGAUUUUUUUUUGAUAUGACUUUUGGGCAUGGUCUGACGAGCAUUCACCAACUGCUUAGAACCCCUAUAGGGACCGAAAAAGUGGUAGCUAUUGGGUUAAAUGUAAGUUGAUCCCUAUAGGGGUUCAGGAUAACGUGGCCCCUAUAGAGGACUUUCAACUUUAUUCGAAAACGCUUAUUUAUUCACUUUUUCCCAUGAAAAUGCUUCUUCGCCUAGAGUUCAUACCAGUUAUCGACUAGCAUGCCCCCUAUAGGGACCACUUUUGCAAGCCUUAGUGGCCAUUAUAGGGGUUGGUAAGGGGUCCUUAUAGCCAACUCUAUAAGUUAUAAAAAAAGUUUUUUUCCGCCAACAACAUCUUUCAGAGGAACUAUGAGGUACUGUUCAACAGGAGCUCAGGAUCGCUGCGAGCAGGGCCGACACGACGACUUGUGGUCUUUGUUCUACGUGAUGGUCGAAAUGUUGAAGGGCGUUCUGCCGUGGUUUUUUGUAACUCCAGAGACGUUCUGAAAAGCGAUUCUAGGGCAGGGAUCACUGAAAACGAAGGAGUACGACUGAAGAAGCUGGACUUGGCCGAGCUCUACGAUUCAAUUCCCGAUGACAUUGUUUGUUUCGGGAAGCAUUUGGAACGUCUUUCCUACGGCUCUACACCAGGCGUGGAAGCCUUUUGAGAGUUUUAUUGAAAUACUUUCAGACUAUCCACUGCUUCGGGGCUUGCUUUGCAACGUAUUCACACGCGAACAAAUGAACGAAGACAUGAAGUUGGACUGGGAGAGCGGCGGCAAGCACGGCAUCCACUUUGAGAAAAGCUCGUCCCUGCUGUUCUUUCUGUUCCUGCCGUUUCAUCCUUUUUUCCGUGUUUCAGGCCCCUCGUCGUCGAAAAAGACAUCAGCGAGUUCUCCCUGCACGAUGUUUUGCGCAUACCGUUCGCUGUUAGAAACUUCAGCGCCGAGGUUUUUUUCUUACGAGUCUUUUUUUCAAAGAUAAGCUGUCCGGUCCAGGAAAUGACGGCCCCCAUUCAGUCAGGACACGUUGACAUUAACACUAGGAGCGACGACACGUUGGACGAAAAAGAACGGGUAAUUUAUUUUUUCCGAUGUUUACUGUAGUAUCUCAACUCAAAGAAGAAGGUCUUCUGUCUUCAGAAUUCAAUUCAAUCAAAUUUUCUCUCCAAUUUUUUGUGUCACUAAUCCUACUUAGGAACUCCAGAGUGCUCCAUACAAGGGCAACCUCAGAGACCCUUCACCAACCCCUAUUGGGCCACUAGAACUUGCAAAAGGUCCCUAUAGGGGUUUUAGUUAGUGGCUUCUAUAGGGGUCAUGUAUAUAUCCCUAUGGGAACUACUGGAGCUUUAGGGGCUAAGAGGUCAGACCCUAAACCCUUUCAGAGAUCAAUUUGAUUUUACCCCUAUAGGGACCACUUUUUCGAUCUAUAUAGAGGCUGUUUUUCUUCCUAACCCCUAUAGAGACCACUCUGGAUUCCCUAAGUAUGUAUCAAAAUAUUCAAUUGCAACGGUUCAUGAAAACUUUUUGUGUAAAUCUCAUUUUUCACGUUCAUUCUGUCUAAUGGACCAUCUUCCAGGCACAGAACCUCAGAAAACCUGCUCCGCAACGGAAAAUCGUCAAAAAGUACUGCUACCAGGCGCGCAAAGACUGUGCCUCCACAACACAGAAGGUGAGCGUUUUCAGAGUUCGGACUCAAUUUUCUACUUCUAGAAAGUCGCAAAAGCUGAAGUCGUCGAGGCUAAGUGGCGAGAGAAGCGCUACCACCGUAAGACCAAGUCCAACGUCAAAAGUAUUAACACCGAUCUUGUUGUGGUCCGUUUCUUUUCAUUAUUCGAAGAGAAAACUCGUUAGUUUUUUCUAGACAUGUUCUGAGUUGCAACUUACUCAAGACACUGAGAAAAAGGAUACCCGGACGACGAACACGACGAGCAGGACCCCCGAGAAGCAUCCCGGAAAAGCUUCAGCCCCCGUGCCGAACAAGGCCAAGUUCCUGCCCAUUUUCCUCCAAAAAAACAACGUCGACGCGUACAAAAAAUUUAUCAAAUGA